ACAAGUUUGAUUUUUUGAUUAAUCGAUGAACCGAAUCAUUUUAAGCUUUUCAACAUUUUUUUAUUUAAUUUCCAAUUUUGUGAUUAUAGGUCGAACCAAAUCGAUAUUUCACCCUUAGGUGGUCGAAUGCCUUAAGUUUGAAGUGUUCGUCCGAGAAAUCGCAAUCACCAGAAGUUAAAUUCCAGAUUAACUAAUAACUAUACUACCGGGUGGGGCCAAGACAGUGAUCCCCUACUCCUAGGUUGGAAAGAACCGGAAUAAAUAAUUAACCCUUUUUUAUUGCACAGAGAGUUGUUUCCUCAUUACAUCAGGAUGUCUUCAUUCCUUGAGUAAAGCACUUCACUCGCCGCCUGCCACGUCGACGUCACACUCCCUUUUGCCCAAAUGCAUGUCGACAUUUUCCGCUCAUUUCCUCGCCAUCUCCCCAAAGUCAAAACUGCCCUCCUCUCCCUCGCCUCUUUCCCCUAAAAACUCGCUCCCACGGCACCCUCCCUCCCUCCCCUGUUUUCCACUCUCACGCAGUCCCCUUUUUCCCUCACCCUCUCCAAUCUCCCCUUAAACCACCUUCUGAUUCUCCUCCUCCUCCUUCCACCCUUUUCAAUGGCUGCUACUUCCUCAAUUUUGACUAAUUUCCUCCCAGGUCUCCUCCAGUCUCCCCUGACCUCCGUAUUGGGCUGCAAUUGCGACGACGAAGCCGGCACCUCCGGCAACCCCGGCGACGGGCCCUUGGUCUACAAAAUCGUGGCGAUUUGCACGAUCCUCGUCGCCAGCGGUCUCGGAGUCUCGCUCCCGAUCCUCGCAAGGAACGUGCCGACUCUGCACCCGGACAGCAAGCUCUUUUUCCUGAUCAAGGCGUUUGCCGCCGGGGUCAUUCUGGCGACCGGGUUCGUCCAUAUUCUCCCCGACGCGUUCGAGAGCCUUUCGAGUCCCUGCUUGAAGGAGAACCCUUGGGCGAGGUUCCCGUUCCCUGGGUUCGUGGCUAUGAUCUCGGCCGUGAUGACAAUGAUCAUCGAUACUCUGGCCACCAGCUAUUUUCAGGGCUCCGGUUUUAGAAGCGACAAGGGGGUUUCGUCCGUUGCUAAUCAUAACGAUGGUGGUGGCGAUUUGGAGACCAGUGCUGGGAUGGAAUCUCACGAGGGUCAUGUUCAUGUUCAUACGCACGCUACUCACCAUGGUCACUCUCAUGGCUCUGCUUUUGCUGCUGCUGCUUCCCAGGAUUCCCCUGCCUCCGCCCAUCUUCUCCGGCACAGAGUUGUUUCCCAGGUUCUGGAACUGGGGAUUGUGGUUCAUUCAGUGAUCAUAGGGAUAUCAUUGGGAGCUUCAGGGAGCACGAAAACAAUCAAGCCACUGGUGGCAGCGCUGACGUUCCACCAAUUCUUCGAAGGGCUAGGCCUGGGGGCGUGCCUGUCACAGGCGAGCUUCCGGCUGCGGGUGGUGGCAAUGAUGGUGGCAUUCUUCUCGUUCACCACGCCUAUCGGAAUCGCGGCGGGGAUAUGCAUAUCACGCAUUUACAGCGAGAACAGCCAGACGACCCUGGUGGUGGGCGGGUUGAUGAACUCUGCCUCGGCCGGGAUUCUGAUAUACAUGGCCCUCGUCGAUUUGCUGGCUCACGAUUUCGGCAGCCCUAGAUUGCUCGGCAACUUGCGGUUGCAGCUUGGAGGGUACGUCUCGCUUCUUCUGGGCAUGAUCUCCAUGUCUUCCUUGGCCGGAUGGGCGUAAAAAAGUGAUGGGUGCAAGUCUUAUAACACAUAUAUCAACCAUUCUUUUUGGUCAACCGGCGGGGCAGCCGACGGCAAGUUUUUAGCUACUUAAACAUGGCACAAGGGAUCAACUUCCCUAAGGCAAGAAAUGGAAGGAAGCCAUGGAAGAAAGGGAUCAAGAAGACAUGUAGAUCGAGGCUGAAUUUACUGGUUCACCGUAGUUCUAGAUCAUGUGUUGCAGAAACUUAAUAUGUAUAUUGGUGCUAGUAAAUUAAUCUAGCCAUAUACCCAAAUGUAUCAAAUGUGUUGCAGAGUUUUGUAUCAAAAUUGAAUGUGAAGGGGCGCAUAGGAUUCGGGAUUUGGUUCGGUCACUCAGUCACCACAACCAGAAUGAUGUAUGCAUGUCAAAGUGACUUCCAUCAGUUUGAUGAGGUUAAUUUCCAGCUUACCUGGAUGCAGAUGGAGCAAAUCAUUCCCUUGUUAAACUGCAUUACCACUUUUUUGGUCAUAUGUAUUUGACGCGAAACCUUAAAUCAAAAUUUAUUUAUCGG